AUGGAACUCUCCAUAGCAGAAGUCAUCCAUAAGGAUAACGAAGCUAAAGGCAAAGCUACCGCCAGAACUGAGGCUGAUGGAGAGCCACAGUACGAGUGGCUUCUGGCCAAGUUGGCAAUGGAACAGCACCCCCCCGAGACGGCUGCGGCCAGUUCGUCGAGCAGCACAUUGUACCAGCGCGAGUAUGCCAUGUAUUUAGAGAUUUUCAAGGCGAACAUCGCGAAGAAGGGCAUCAAUGUCGUACAAGCAGAAAGUGUCUUCCAAACACCCAUCUGGUCCGGCGGCAACAUCCUCUUCCUCAACUACAAUUCUAGUUCAGCUUCCUCUGCACUAUCCACAAACGAUUCUACGCAAGGUGCUACGCGAGGUAGUUACGAAGAUAGUGAGCCUGAUGUGUAUCAAGGUUUCAAUCUUGACAAGUAUCUCUUCGAACUCAACUUCUACUACUACCGCUACAAGGACUGGUUCCGCUGCAUGGUAGACUCGUUCUGGGGCCCUCAAGUUGUGUCGGUCUUCGAGAUAACCCAUUCCAAUCGCCCCUUCAUCCAGAUUGCCUUUAAGCGGGAUUGGAACUUCGCAGUCGAACGAAAACAAUAUUACGAUAACGUGAUGAUGUUCUUGCACAUCAUGGCCCGCCUGCGCCCAUUGGAGGGACUCGGCCCCUUCACGGAUAUCUUCGGCUUCAGCCUCGUUACCUUCACAGCCAAGAUCAUCACCCAAUUCGAGACGGUUGAACGCCUCGGGAUCAACAGACCGGAGGGAAUCCAGCCCAUGAAGUUCAUUAUCCGCCAUCGUUUCGAGGCCUGGCGAAGCAUAGUCGUCAACAUUAAGGAUUAG